AUGGAAGGCACCCCGGUUGAAAUUUUCAAAGAAGACAAGUGCCUCACCGCGCUCGUCGAACACUGUUCUAUGAAUGCUACUUCGCAGUCUGAAUACCCAGAAGGUCACAAUCUGACUUUUGACUCUGACUGGGAAGAGGAUCCCAUGUCCCCAAUCAUCCCCAUCAUCACAGCUGUGUACUCCGUGGUGUUCGUGGUGGGCCUGGUGGGCAACUGCCUCGUCAUGUACGUUAUCAUCAGGUAUACAAAGAUGAAGACAGCCACCAACAUUUACAUCUUCAACCUGGCUCUGGCCGACGCCCUGGUCACCACGACGAUGCCUUUCCAGAGCACUGACUACCUGUUGAACUCGUGGCCGUUUGGCGAGGUGGUGUGUAAGGUGUUCAUCUCCAUCGACUACUACAACAUGUUUACCAGCAUCUUCACCCUGACCAUGAUGAGUGUGGACCGCUAUGUGGCCGUGUGCCACCCGGUCAAGGCCCUGGACUUCCGGACGCCAAUCAAAGCCAAGAUCAUCAACAUAUGUAUCUGGAUGCUGUCCUCUGCAGCAGGGGUACCAGCACUGCUACUGGGUGGCACCCAGUCCAACAAUGGAACCACGGAGUGUGCCUUGCAGUUCCCGGAACCGUACGUGUACUGGGACACCUUGAUGAAGGUCUGUGUGUUUGUGUUUGCCUUCGUGGUGCCCGUGCUCAUCAUCACCGUGUGUUACACCCUCAUGGUGCUGCGACUCAAGAGCGUGCGUCUCCUCUCGGGCUCCCGGGAAAAGGACCGGCAGCUGCGGCGCAUCACCCGCCUGGUCAUGGUGGUGGUCGUGGUGUUCGUAGUGUGCUGGACGCCCAUCCACAUCUUCAUCCUGGUCAAGGCGCUGGUGAGCGUGCCCGAGACCACCGCCGUCAUGGCCGCCUACUUCUUCUGCGUGGCGCUGGGCUACACCAACAGCAGCCUCAACCCCGUCCUCUAUGCCUUCCUGGAUGAGAACUUCAAGAGGUGCUUCAAGGACUUCUGCCUGCCGAAAAAGCUGAAGGGGGACAAUGCCUCAGGGAAGAACAACAGGAGCACCGUGAGGGGAGGAAGGGAGGCCCCACUUCCACUGGAGAACCCAGAUGGGACUAGAAAGCCGGCAUGA